AUGACCGAAAGGAUCAACGCCGUCCUCCUUUCAAUUCGUUUUCUUUCUUCUUGCUCAGUGUGUAUCUUAGGUUCUCUCUCCUAUUCAACACUCUCUCACCUCAGCAUUGAACUUUUUACUUUCAUUCAAUAUCAUACUCUUUCUCGGGUCACUUUUACCUCUCACUUCUUCUCUCUUUUUCUCUUAUUCCUUAACUUUCAUUCUCUUCCUCUGAUCUCUUUUACCUCUCUCUUCUUUCUUUUUCUCAAAUUCCUUCAUUUUCAUUCCCUUCCGCCGAUCAUUUUUUCUCUCUUUUCUUUUUCACUUACAUUCUUUUCCUGCGUUUUUCCUCACCUUUCUUUUUCGCUAAUUCCUUCACUUUCAUUCCAUCCCUCCGAUCAUUUUUCUCUUCUUUCUUUUUCCCUAAUUCCUUCACUUUCAUUCUCUUCCUCCGAUCUUUUAUCUCUCUCUUCUUUCUUUUUCCCUAAUUCCUUCACUUUCAUUCUCUUCCUCCGAUCUUUUAUCUCUCUCUCUCUCUUGUUCUCUAAUUCCUUCACUUUCAUUCUCUUCCUCCGAUCUUUUAUCUCUCUCUUCUUUCUUGUUCUCUAA